UGUGGCCAAUCAACUUGAGUUUACAGUAGGUAGAACCGCUGACGAUUUGCCGCGUCAGUUGGUUGACUAGUUAGUUUGGCACUAGCUUGUUGAGAGGAGUUCAAGUAUAUACUAGGAGUUUUGCACAAGCGAGGUGUUGAUGAAACCAUGUUAUCCUUCGUUACCCUUCAUUAUCAUCUGGACUUGACUGAAGUUGACUGAAGUUGACUUGAGUUGACUUGAGUUGACUUGAGUUGACUUGACUGUUGACUGGAAUUGAAUGGAUUUUACUUGAGUUGACUUUUGACUGGAGUUGAGUUGGUUGACAAACUUGGCAAACUUGACUGGAGUUGACUUUUCACUUGAGCUGUGAGGAAUGUGAACACUCUAGAAAGAAUAUCUUUCCGGAUGUGGGAGGAUCGGAAACCGCAGUCUGUACUCGUACUGGGAGGGUCCUCGAUGUAGUCACGCAAAAAAUGGCCAGAUUCCAUUGACAAAAACCGGCAGCGUGUGUUUUCCCUCGGCCUUACAGAAUAGCAGAGUCUUAAGCUUAGUGCAAGCAGCGACAGGCGCCGACAGCAUAUGCUGUCCUCAUUGUGUGUUUCGCAAGCUUUUUUCAGUUGGCCAUUUACAAGCUCUGUUGAUAAUGUACAUAAUGACUUGACGGGCAAAAGAGAAUCGAAUCGCCUAGUACAGAGGCAGGCUCGCUACUCAGCCAUGUUCAAAGAAGGUUGCUAGUCAGCCAUGUUCAAAGGCUUAGGACAGGGCCUAAGUACAAAGUAGUACAUAGGCCAAGUACAGAGCCUUGGCGCAUGGACUGGAGUACAGGGCUCACUCCAUCUGCAAAGGCUUAGGACAGGCCAAGUACAGAGGCUUAGCGCAUGGCCUGGAGUACAGGGCUCACUCCAUCUGCAAAGGCAUAGGCCAAGUACAGAGUCUUAGUGCAUGGCCUGGAGUGCAUGCAAGGCUCAGGAAGGGCCUAAGCGCAUGGCUUGGAGUGCAUCCAAAGGCUUAAGACAGGGCCUAAGCACAUAGUACAGACAGGGCCUGAGUACAUAGUACAGAGGCUUAGCGCAUGACCUAAAAAGCACAUCGUAAGUACAGAGGCGGGUUCACUACUGGCCCAUGAACAAAGGCCUAGGACACAGAGGCUUAGCGCAUGGCCUGGAGAGCAUAUCGUAACUACAGAGGCAGGUUCACUACUGGUCUAAGUACAUAGUACAUAGGCAAAGUACUGAGCCUUAGCGCAUGGCCUGUAGUACAGGGCCUAAGUACAUAGGCCAAGUACAUAGCCUUAGCGCCUGGCCUGGAGUACAGGGCCUAAGUACAUAGGCCAAGCACAGACGGAGGUUCGCUACUCAGCCAUGUACAAGGGCCUAAGUACGCAGUACACAGGCCAAGUACAGACGCUUAGCACAGGGCCUGGAAUACAUACCCUAAGUACAGAGGCAAUGGAGCAACUUCAGCCAGGGCAAAUGUGCCUAGGCUAUGUCCAACAGCCGGAGUAUGGUCGUUCAGAAAUAUGCCAAGACUAGCUUCGGUAUGGAGGUUCGGUAGUAAAGAAUGUGGGUGAUGUAUGGAGACUAAGUGGUUUAGGGUUUAGGGUUUAGGGUUUAGUCAGGUUUAAAUCAGAUCCUAAUCAGUUUAGGGUUUAGGGUUUAUAUCAGGCUUAGCUCAAGUUUACAUCAGGUUUAACUUCGAUUUAAUCAGGUUUUGAAUUUUUAACCAGUUGUAAUGAUCAGGUUUUGAAAUUUUAACCAGUUUUAAUCAGGUUUUAAAACUUUUAAGUUUUAAUCAGAUUUAGAUCAGGUAUCAGGCUUCAAUCAGGUGAAAAUUCAGAUUUAAAUCAGGUUUGAACCAGGUUUGAACCAGGUUAGAACCAGAUUUAAAUCAGGUUUGAACAUUGAACCAGGUUUAAAUCAGGUUUGAAUCAAGUUUAAACCAGAUUUAAAUAUAAAGAUCAGGUAUCAGGCUUCAAUCAGGUGAAAAUUCAGAUUUAAAUCAGGUUUGAACCAGGUUAGAACCAGAUUUAAAUCAGGUUUGAACUUUGAACCAGGUUUAAAUCAGGUUUGAAUCAAGUUUGAACUUUGAACCAGAUUUAAAUCAGGUUGGAACCAGGUUUAAAUCAGGUUUGCACAACGUUGUAAUGGUUAAAAGUUAAAACUGACCUUGAGACUUUUAGGUCAAGCAGAUGCUUAUUAGGUCGAUCAGCUCUGUUAUGAAUGAUAAAAGCAUUAAAGCUGUAUAGCCUAUUGGAAAAUUGAUAUAGGCAAUGAGAUGAAUAGCUUCCAGGUUUAGGUUAAAAUCAGUUUUUGAUACCUUUCAGAGUCCUGUAGAAUUCAGAAUCGAGUGAUUGAAUAUGAUCGGAGUCGCUGCUUAAGUAAAGACAUGACGGACUCUACAACUACUAAACGCAUGUUUCCGCUCAUGAACACAAUCUUCGGAGGCAUCGUGCUCGAACCAGAAAAUGACGCCAAACAUGGGAGCGGAACAUCGUCGGUCCGAAGAUGGGACCGCUGCUUGAAGAACAAUGCCUCCGUUGGGACCGAAGAUUUUCUUUGAGGACAGACUCGCGAGAGGGAUGGACGGUACCAGAGAUUGUCAGGACAAUCUCAGAGAGCCAAGCAGCAAGGCUGCUCGCGAUGGCGAAGCAACGAGUCAGGAGCGACACAAGGGGGGGAAGAAGGGGACCGAGAGGCUGGGAGAAAGAGAGAUUGGGGGUGAUAGAUAGAUAGAUAGAUAGAUAGAUAGAUAGAUAGAUAGGUAGAUAGAUAGAUAGAUAGAUAGAUAGAUAGAUAGAUAGAUAGAUAGAUAGAUAGAUAGAUAGAUUGAGAGAGAGAGAGAGAGAGAGAGAGAGAGAGAGCUUCUGAAGGAAGUUUUGGUAAUUUAAGAAAGUAGAGGUCAACCAGAACCGGACGGAGUACGAGAGAGGGAUGGGAGGCUAAAGUUCAAUUGCAGAUGAGACACAAAAGGAGCCCCAGCAGAGGCGAACAGUUUGCAUUUGUGUCAAUUUGGUCAAGAACCGGCAAACGGAUUUUACUAAAUUAUUUUGAGUUUUUUGUUUUUGUAUGUGCUGAGAAAGGAAGAGGGAGAGAAGAGGGUAGCAGAGAGUAGAAGAGAGAAUCUGAAGGAGGUUUUACGAGGUUCACAAAACUACUGGCGACCGGGAACUGGGCCAGUGUAUGAGGGAGAGACAUGGAAAGCUACUAGGUUUCCUGACGCGUGGCAUCAUCGAAAAGGCUCCAACCUAAAAUUGAAUUUCAGGACUGGCUUUGGCUUUGGCCUGUUUUUGCAUCAGAAGGGGCAGAGUUCCUUUUUCCAUUUGUUUUCUUGAUGUGUGUGUGCAUGCUGAGAGUGACAGACAGACAGACAACAGACAGAUCCAGGGCGGGAGAGGGGGGCGCGGGGCGGGGUGAGGGGGACGGUUUGUGUUCUCGGGCGUGGGAUGCACUUAGCAUGAAUCGGGUGAUGUGAUGAUAACAGAUAAGCAGAGUAAGGAGCAUCCAGAAGCUGAUAGGCAAAACUGAUAGCUAGAGGUUCGCAGCGCUUGACGGCGUUUGACGCCAAAGUGGUUGAGUGGCUUCUUGUUGUAUUCAACUGUUAUCAUCAUGAAAAACAGCACGCCUCGCUUAUGAUCGUGAAAAGCGUCCUUGUCAUCGGUGAUUGACGUGUUCUUCAACUCCACUGAACGCUUUCGGAGUUUUUACUCACGGGUAGGAGGUCUCGAAAGUUUGUAAUCGCUUGAAGAACUCGUUAAACAUGUCUAAAAGAGCAACCGAGGCCCUUUGUUCUCCGGUUGUUAACUUCGUAGUAGGUGACGCCCACCACAAAUCCCCAGCCGUGCACACCCAUCCCCCGGAAAAGGGUACGGAUUUGCACAUGCAGCAUGCAGCAUGCAGUCGAGUGCUGAAGGAGCACAGCUUGGUAGUUGGGAUCCACCUGUCGUGGAUCGGCGCUUGUCUCAACAAUGCAGUGAUGUUGCCAUUCACAUUUGUUUCUACAGAGGAAGGGUGAGAGAGAAAAGGGAGGAGGGAGGAGGGAGGCAGGAGAGGUAGUAGGCUUCGAGCAUAUCGAGACCUUCGAAGCACCAACAGGAAGAUAGAAAUUUGCUUGAGAGGGGGUGUUGGAGAGAAGACUUAACAGAGGGAGAGGGUGGUCGGUCGAAGAAAUCAAACAUCUCCGAUUUCAUUUGUGUCCCUUUGUGUGUCAGUUUUGCAGCUAUUCUUUCAACGGAUUGGAGUAGGGAUCUCAUUUCUGCACAAGUUAGUAUUAGAUUCAACGACUGUGAACCGUAGAUGUAAGAGGACG